AGUUGUAACACACUCGGUAUAGUCCCGGGCAGAGGUGUGCAUGUGCUCUGCCAGUGAGUGGACUCUGGACGGCAGAGUUGAAGACUUCAGAGAGCUGAUAGAAGCAAACGGACAGUUCGCGCUGCAUUUUAUCGUCUUUUUCUGGGCUUUGUUAUUUGGAAGCAAGUGAAGUCGGAUACAGUGAACGACACAGACAUGUGUAACCAAGCAGGAAGACGUCGGGAGGAUCUGGGCCGGUGGGCUUAAGAGCUCUGCCUGUGCACUCAACCAGAAAUCGGUGUCUUUUGCAUCUAAACGAAAGCCUUAGAGUUUGUACCGAGCAGGAUGGCAUCCAGUCUUACAUGUGCUGGUGUGGUUUGGGCCCUGUUGUCGUUUCUUUGUGCUGCCACAUCUUGUGUUGGAUUCUUCAUGCCAUACUGGCUACUUGGGUCGCAGAUGGGUAAGCCGGUGUCAUUUGGGACUUUUCGGCGCUGUUCGUACCCCGUAAGGGAUGAGGCCCGUGGUGGGACUGUUAUGUUGGAGCAGUGUGGACGCUACGCCUCCUUUCAGGGCAUCCCAAGUCUGGAGUGGAGGAUCUGCACGGUGGUGACGGGUACUGGAUGUGGACUGCUGCUCCUGGUGGCUCUCACGGCAAUAAUGGGAUGCUGUGUUACGGAUCUAAUCUCUCGCACCAUAGGACGAGUGGCAGGAGGGAUACAGUUUGUUGGAGGGCUGCUGAUCGGGUCUGGAUGUGCCCUGUACCCUUUAGGCUGGGACAGUGAAGAGGUCAGACAGACUUGCAGCAACAGUUCUGACCAGUUUGAUCUUGGUUCUUGUGAGAUCGGAUGGGCUUAUUACUGCACCGGGGCUGGAGCAGCGGCGGCCAUGCUUUUGUGCACGUGGAUGGCGUGUUUUGCAGGGAAGAAGCAGAAACACUAUCCUUACUAAAGACAAAAACUAUGACCACCACAUACUGUAUAUGGGCAUGACUUUCAGUUUUUUGUGAAACAAGAAACCUUCUACAUCAAGCUUCCUGAAUGCAUAUCAUACACAAAGACACAAGACUGAGCGUUGACCUUUCUGUGUCAGGUCCCAAUUGAGAUUUUUCCUCUGAUUGACCUUUGACCUGCAUCGGGAUCUUUUGCAUUUUAAGUGAUGCCAGUAUCAUUAAUGGGAAUAUAUCAGACGGCCUAUUGACUUUUAUGUUCAAAAGGACCUACUGUAGUACUCUCAUUUAUCAUUUUUUUAUUGUGUUUGUGUAAGUACGUUAUUCUUGGUGGAUUAAGUUGUUGCGUAUCAGUACAUUGUGUUUUUAUAAUAACCUAGUCUAUAUUAUACCUUCAUUCAUGUCCUGUUAUUUCUUUAAAAUGAUAGUUCAACCAAAAAGCUAAAUGUACUCACUAUUUACUCAUCCUCAAAUCUUUAUGAGUUUCGUUUUUCUGCUGAAACUCAUUCAUGCAUUCAUUUUCCUUCAGCUUAGUCCCUUUAUUCAUCAGGGGUUGCCACUGCGGAAUGAACCACCAACUUAUCCAGCACAUGUUUUACACAGUGGAUGCCCUUCCAGCUGCAACCCUGUACUGUGAAACAUCCCUACACACUCAUUCACACACAUACUUACAAGCUUAUUCAAUUCACCUAUAGUGCAUGUGUUUGGACUGUGGGGGAAAUCAAAGCACACAGAGGAAACCCGCACGAACACGGGGAGAACAUGCAAACUCCACACAGAAAUGCCAAAAGAAGCUAACUAAACUAAUAGAAGAUAUUUUUAUAGAAAGCUUGAAAUUGGUUGCCAUUGACCUCCACAGUAUGAAAAGCAAAUAGUAUGGAAGUCAAUGGUUACCUGUUUUCAGCUUUCCUCAAAAUAUCUUCUUUUGUGUAGAACAACAGUAGAAAGAAACACAAACAGGUUUGUGACAAGGUAAAGGUCUAAAGGAAAAGUAAAUGUUUACAAUUUUUUUGUUUUUAGUUUUGAAUGAAUUAUCUCUUUAAAGGGAUUGUUCACUUUGAAAGUAAUACAACAUACAGGCAAAACAAAAUGAAUACCUACGGCUCCAUGAAGCGAAACAAUCAAAGUUGAACAUAGAUUACAGCAUUAUUAACUUAAAUCCAUAGAUUCGAUAAAUGGUUCAGUGUGCAAUAAUAUUAAUAAUAACAGACCACAAUUGUGAGCAAGACAAACAUUGAAGCAAUGAUGAGCAAAACCUAAUUAUGUUGAAAAGAAUUCAAAACACCAAAUGUGAUGAACGAAAUACCCCAUUUCAAAAGUAAAACAUACUCUAAUUGGUAGUGCAAUCUACACAACAUGUGUAAGUGCACUGUGUGGGUGGCCCCCCUUCCACCCACACACUGCUCUUAUACAUGUUGUGUAGAUUGCACUACCUACUACCAGUGUUCGAUGUGAUCCGGAUAUGUUGUGGUUCUGUGACUGCUGGUGUUGGUUGCUGUAUGGUUAAAAAAUUAUGACAGUUAACAUAACUAGGUAAGAUUCAAUCUAAAUUAAUUAAAAUUGAAUAAUAAUCUAAUAUUUUUGGGCUUUUUUGUGCAUUUGGGUGGGUUUUGGGCUGAAAAAAGUCAGCUAUAUUUGGCAACACUGUUCAUGAACCACAGGUAUUAAUUUUGUUUUGUCUACACAGUUGAAGUCAGAAUUAUUAGCCCCCCUUUGAAUUUUCUUUCUUUUUUAAAUAUUUAGCAAAUGUUUAACAGAGCAAGGAAAUUUUCACAGUAUGUCUGAUAAUAUUUUUUUCGUGUAGAGAAAGUCUUAUUUGUUUUAUUUCAGCUAGAAUAAAAGCAGUUUUUAAUUUUUUAAAGACCAUUUUAUGGUCAAAAUUAUUAGCCCGCAUAAGCAAUAUAUAUAUUUUUUGAUAGUCUAUAAAACAAACCAUCGUUAUACAAUAACUUGCCUAAUUACCCUAACCUGCCUAGUUAACCUAAUUAACCUAGUUAAGUCUUUAAAUGUCACUUUAAGCUGUAUAGAAUUGUCUUGAAAAAUAUCUGGUAAACUAUUAUUUGCUGUCAUUAUGGCAAAGAUAAAAUAAAUCAGUUAUUAGAAAUGAGUUAUUAAAACUAUUAUGUUUAGAAAUGUGUUGAAAAAAAACUGCUCUCUGUUAAACAGAAAUUGGGGGAAAAAAUAAUAAUUGAUAAUUCAAUUCAAUUCACCUUUAUUUGUAUAGCGCUUAUACAAUGUAGAUUGUGUCAAAGCAGCUUCACAUAAAAGGUCAUAGUAAAUUGGAACAGUGUAGUUCAAUUUGUAGUGUUUAAGUUCAGUUCAGUUUAGCUCAGUUCAGUGUGGUUUAAUAAUCACUACUGAAAGUCCAAAUAUGAUAAUUCUGACGUCAACUGUGUUUUUUUUUUUUUUGUACUCUCAAAAUGGCGGUAGCUGUUGACUUGCAUUUUUGAGGAGGUUUCAGCUGAAAAUUCCCUGAGUGUAAGUGAACUAAAUGGUUAUUUCACCUAAAAAUGUCAAUUCUUUUAUUUAUUACUCACCCUCAUGUUGUUUCAGUCCCAAAUUAAUAUAUUUUAAGGCCAAUUCACACCACACAAACAAACGCCAACAAACAAGAUGGCCAUUGUGUUUAGAAUCUUAUGAAAAUAUGACGGUCAUGAUCACACUGCCCUAACAAUUGCCACAGACAGUAAUUAAAUAGUUAUUUAAGUUGUCCUUCUCAGGGCUGAAAAGACAUCUACAUGAAGCCUGUCUGGCCCCCAGUCAGAUUAAGUACCAGUUUGUUGUCGUUUGUUGCAAAAUCAUAUUACACUGCUCAAAUAUUCCACAAUUCAACAAAUGAAGAUGGCACAUAUUCAAUCAGGUGAAAGCAAACUCGCAACAAAUGUUUAAAAAUACGCUCAAAUUUGUACAGAGCUUCAUUCAUUCAUUUUCCUUUAGAUUAAUCUCUGAUUUAUCAGAGGUCAACACAGCGGAAUCAACCACCAACUAUUCCAGCAUAUGUUUUAUGCAGCGGAUGCCCUUCCAGCCGUAACCCAGUACUGGGAAACACCCAUACACACAUUCAAACAAACUCAUACACUACGGCCAAUUUAGAUAAUCCAAUUAACCUAUAGCGCAUGUGAACUGUGGGGGAAACCGGAGCACCCGGAGGAAACCCACGCCAACUCUGCAACAACAUGUAAACUCCACACAGAAAUGCCAACUGACCUAGCUGGGACUCGAACCACUGAUCUCCUUGCUGUGAGGCGACAGUGCUAAUCACUGAGCCGACGUGCAGCCAUUUUUUAAGCUUCAUAUGAUUAUAAUUAAAGUCACAUGGAAUAUUUUGACAAUAUUUUAAGUUUUCUUUUUAGACUUUUCCUGUUUAUAGAGGACGAGAGAGCUCUCUGAUUUCAUCUAAAAUAUCUUGAUUUGUGUUCUGAAGAAGAACGAAGAUCUCAGGGUUUUGGAAUGACACGAAGGAGAGUAAUUCAUGACAGAAUUUUCAUUUUUGGGUGACAACUUUUGUGUGAACUAUCCUUUUAAAAGUCUCAACUCCAAAUAAUAUACAUAUCCAACAGACUGUAUUUGCUAAUAAUUGUAUGUUUGACAGUAUAUUAGGAUCUUUGUUUGAUAUUUACGACCUUUAUAUAGCACAUGCAUACAUGUCUAUUAUAUUUCACACCAUAUGUAAAUAAAUACUGUGAUUUUACAA